AGUUGCAGGCGUGAGCGUGCGCAGUCCGGGGCAGCCGCCCGGAGGACCCGCGCUGGGGAAGACUGUAGGCCAGCCGGGGGACUGUCGGGCUGCGGCCUCUGUGAGAGCCCCGGUGGAGCCACGAGGGGACCCACACCAGCUGGGGGAAGCCUCCCCGCCCGGCUACGCGGUGGUAAAGCUCACGCGGCUGAGCCCCGGGGGUUUCGGGGCUGGGGCCGGGCACAUCCAGCAAAGCCUACGGUGUGCGGGCCUGUCUCCACAGGUUGUAUACGUGGAAGAGAGGCGGGGGACUCAGAUUUAGAGAAAGAGAGGCGGACAGACAGGGUGUCUUGCAGUGAGCAAGGCUGCCUGAUCUUCCUUUCUCGGUCCCCUGAGCUCUGGGAUUGCAAGUGUGUGCUAUUCUGGCCCGCCCGACUCCUCAGAUUUGAGAAAUCAUGAAUGGGUUUUAGUUGGGAGGAGUGGACUCGGGAUUGAGAAAUGCCCGCACAUCCCCCCCCCCCAAAUUUACCCUAUGGAAGGGUAGGGGCCAGUCCAGGGUACAGGUGAACUCACUUGGGACUUCCUGCCUAUUAACAGCCAAGUCUUAAUUCGGUCUUCUUCCACUCUGGAGUCUCCUGGACCAGGAAAGUACAAAAGGAGGUAAAAGAGGGAGGAGGUGGGUGGAGGUAAGCAAUACUUGGCAGUCUUCUUAAGCAGCCUAAAUCUGUACCGAGGACUGCUCCCUGCUAUCGUGUGUGUGUGUGUGUGUGUGUGUGUGUGUGUGUGUGUGUGUGUGUGUGUGUGUGUGUGUUUCUGAGACUUAUUUUGUAGUCCAGGCUGCCCAGAACUCAUGGAGAUCUGUCUCCUCCUUCCUGGUGCCUGGGUAGUAGGCUGGGUCACCAGACGUGCAUCUUCCUGCCAUUGUGAAGACUUGAUGAUAGCAGGGUCCUGCUUGCUGAAAACUUACAGGCAGGUCCUUGAAAACACUAGUAUAGAGCUGUUUGGAGUGUGGAUGGCUGAAAAGUGGGAGAGAUGCUAGAUCUGCCCAUCUCAAGUCACAGUCUCAAAGAGCCUUAAAAGAAAGGGAGAGGGGAAUGGUAGGUAAGACAGAGAAAAGGAAGAAAAUCAAGUUCAGAUCCUAGGAAUACAGCUUUCCUGGCAACUUCUUGGGGAUCCAGUUAGCAAUUCCUUGAAUGCCUUGUUCCUUGCCGGUGUUUUCACUUAACCAAAGAAGUGAGCGGAAAAGAGAGAGCGACAUGUUUUUAUGCCUUUAAUGCUUUCCUUAGCAUCUAGAGAGAGGAGAAACAGGUGAAUGACUAUCCACAGGAAGAGACCUUUUUUGUUUUUUUAAUCAGCAUAAAAUUUUGCACGUGAACAAGGAAUGCUGUUGUAUCAUUAUCACUGUGCUUUCCAAGGAUCUGGUUGUAGAAGUGAUACCUGACUCAUGCCAAGACUUAAGAUGGUUCAAGAUAAUGGGCAAGUCCUACACAUUCAUUCAGCUUGUAUUUGGGGGUUUGAGUUAACUUGUCCCUAGACUAGCACUAGUACAUAGGAUACUCUGUUGUCUCUUCAUGCAGGAUAGUGGUCACAGGCUGCAGUUUCCAGACAGCUAGCAGAUUAGGAGGGAAACAACACUCUACAGUGUGCUGUGUUACUAAGUUUUGAGGUUCUGUAGGCUAGGUGCAUUACCUGCACUUCUGACCUAAUCAUAUUUUUAGCUUAAGAGGUCGUCAGGGGAUAGCUCAAUUGUAAAUAACGUAUGUAUACAAAAAUCUAACAGAGCUUGAGGUAUACAUAAGGCUCUGUGGUAUAUUACUUGCUUAGUAUCCACAAGCCCCUGGGCCUGAGCCCCAAGGCACUACACACAUAUUCAGGUCACAGAAUCUAUGUUUUAAUCUUUGGUCCUGGGAGAGAGAUUUACUUUCAUGUUUCCAAUGAAAUCAAGUCAGGGAGAAUGAAGGAUCAGUGGUGUGUGUUAAAUUCAAGUAUGUACUUUUCAGUGGUGCUGAAUCUAGAAUUAAAAAACUAACUCCCGUGGGUCAAAUGUCCUUGAGUGAAUGACUUAACAUCGCUACGUUUGAGGUUUUGUGAAGAUGGAAUCAUUAACUGUUACCUCAAAUGGUACUGCUGAGAAGGUUCCGUCACAGUGCAGGAAGUUGGUGACUGUGUGUUAAGGAAGCACUGGCUUCUGGCUUUCCUUUUCCUGAUACUGUAUCUUUUUCCCUAACCUCAGAUUUCUAGAAGUGGGCACCAACAAGCAGUGACUAGAAGCAGUCUGGGAUAAACUUCAAACACCAGCCUGGCAUUACUGAACAAUGGGAGCUAAGAAACAGCGACUCCAGAUACCAAUCACUUAUGAGGACGUGGCAGUGGAUUUCACCCAGGAAGAAUGGGAAUGUCUGACUGAGAAGCAGAAGGCUGUUUACCAGAAUGUGCUGUCAGAAACCUUUAAGAACCUAACAUUUGUAGAUCAGAACACCAUGCAAAAUGGAAAAGGACGGAGGAGAUCAGGUUUCCAUUCCCCAAAGACAGCAGGACGCAAGAGAAAAUCUCAAAAACCUAGCUCAAACCUGGAAGAUGAGGAGGGAGAUGAUGAAGAGAAGACCUCUCUUGCUUGCACAGGGAUAUUCAAAGGUGGACCUCUCUAUUUCUGUCUGACCUGUGGCAAAUGUUACAAAAAGUACACCAACGUCUUUAAUCACCAGUUUCCUUUGAAGGCCCAGCAGACUACUGGCCAGAAAGCCCUCGGCUCCAAGCCCCAGAAUCAUAGAGGGAGGCCUUUCUCUUGUGAGCUCUGUGACAAGAAUUACCGUGAUGCCUCUGGACUGAGCCGUCACCGACGUACUCAUUUAGGUUAUAGGCCCAGUUCAUGCUCUGUGUGUGGAAAACGCUUCCGGGAUCAGUCUGAGGUCAAACGCCACAUGAAGGUGCACCAAAACAGGAAGCCAGUGGCUGGCAGCCAGGAGCGUAAGGUGAAGAAGGCUCCACGUACAUCACCUAGAUCCCAGGCUCCCAUCCUCAGGCACUCGAAAGUGAUCCAGGGACCAGUGGCCAGGACUAAGACAAGGAACAGCAGGGCCUCAUCCCUGGAUAUCAGAUCCAACCCUAUUCCAGUGAGAUGCUCUAGAAGAAAGAUCCGCUGCCCCUAUUGUUCAGUACGUUUAACCAGGAAGACCUAUUUCUUAACCCACCUCAAGUUCCACUUCAAAAAUCAGCCCAGCCAAUACUUAAGUUGCAGGGAGUCCUCCCAGUCGUCUGUGAUGGGAGGCUCCCACCAGAACACCCACAGGAAGCAAAAUAUCUACUGUUGCCCCAUUUGUGAUAUCUGCUUUAGGGGAAAGGAAAGCCUGCUGGAUCACUUGUGCUGUAAGAAAUCAGGCAGACCCAUUAAGUGCUGGGCAAUCCUGGGUCAUUUGCUUGGCUUUCUUUAUGAACCCUUGUGUCUGGGAAGUACUUCAACAGUAGAGGAGUCCUCGGAGGAGGAGGAAUGAAAAAAUGAAAUAUGCAUGCAGUGAGAAUCCUGAAGCAUAAAUAAAAGACCUGUUUGGGGCUGGUGAGAUGGCUUAGUGGCCAAAGGAGCUUGCUACUCAGUCUGACCUCCUGAAUUUGAGCCCUGAGACCAUGGUGACAGAAGGAAAGAACCUAUUCCUGACCUCACACAUGUCCCACCCCUCACAUCUCUCCCCACCUCCACAAAAUAAAUAUAAUUUUUAAAACUAAAAGAAGGGGGUCAUCUC